AUGGCUGCAUCAAAGACUUCAAAGUUACGAGUGGUAUCAUUAAUUUUAGCAUCCCUCUUCAUUCCUCUUGCAUCAGCAGGCUCUAACGCAAUAUCUCUUCAAUGGUCAAACAGAAGUUAUGGCCCUGACGGAACAUGGCAAGCAGUUUCUAUUGAUAUCGGUACACCCACUCAAGCUAUCGACCUCCUUCCAGGUGGGACAUGGACAGCUAAUAUCCUAAGAACUUCAUUUUGUUCUAAUUUCUCAGGUUGCUCAUCAUCGAAAGGUGGACUUUUCUAUAAGCAUGCUUCCACUUCCUACCAUGAAAUCAAUAAUACUGGUGUCACUGCUAAUACCACUUUCGCAAACCGGGCCGGUGCAUUACCCUUUUUAUCUGGCGCCGCUUACAUAGGACUUGACAAUUUCCAAUGGAACCGAUAG